AUGGCCUCGCAUCGCAAGCUCGCCACAUCAACACGUAGCCAGGCAGCAAGAUCAGGGAGUGCAGAGACACCUGCACCCCCUGGUGAUCAAAGUGGCAAACAACCUCAACGACCAGGGAGGAUCACAAUGCCGUAUUGUCUGCGUGAGAUCAUAGUGGCGGCGGUUUGUGCUGUACCCGCAUUCAGUCUGGCAUUGGUUGGAUCAAUGGAAAGUGGUGUGAUGGUGGGCCAGGUGGGCGUGGAUGUAGGCUUGGCUGUGGGUCAGGUGGUGGAGCACCAUCUCACUGGCUGUCAUCUGGUACUCAUCACCACUACCCGUCACUCACUCGUCACCUCCAACAUACUUAGGUUUGUGAGGACCAGGGUAAUUGUGGAUGUAGAUUCAUUCUUCUAUAGUCACCAUCGACCAUCAUGGGAUAUCCUGUCCCUUGUGCCCAACGCAACGCUUCUCCCACCAACAUCAUGGCAGCAGGCAUCAUCACAAGAACAACUCACACGAGAUAAUCUCCUGCAGGAAGUGUGGGGAGACUCAAGAACCACCUGCCGGGGACUUAUUCUCGACCUCACCUCCAGCAGCAGCAUCACUCAACUUGCCCUCAGGUUGGUGGAGAUGUCUGGAGUGUGGCGGCUGCCGGAGACGGUGGUGAUAGCCAUAGGUGGGAGGGCGGGGGUGAGGGCCGUGCUCCUCCACCACAGUCUCCGCAACACUGUCCACGCCCUCUACCUCGCCCUCCACCACGCCUCCCUCCACGCCCUCAACCUUACCCUCCAUCAUACCUCCCACCACAGCCCUCCACCACACCAUGCGUCCGGCUUCAAGAAGGUCCGCACCCAGGAAGGGUGA